GCCAUUUUUGUUUUUAGUUUCCUUUCUACAAUGCUUGUUUCCAAGGUUUACAUUUUCAUGUCAUACAUUUGCUCGUUUGAUGGCUUUCUGUAUUGAAUUGUAAAUUACAGACUAGUUUACUCUUUAUCUUUUUAUUUUUUCAUAAGCAUCCUUCUUUGGCAUUUGUCAAUGAUUCUUAGAUUUCAUGGAAUUAAACCUAGAUUAUCGACCAAUCCCCUCUUCACUCUCAGCCCAUCUUAUCUCCAUUUUGAUACAAAUUUUAUUGAUACCCAAACUCCUACACCAUCACCAGAACCCCAGUUUUUUAUCAAAACAAUCUGUUCUCAAGUCUAUGAAUCCUAUCAACAACAAGCCCACUUAAGAUUUUCAUCUCCAAAGCUCAGCCUUAACAUCAAUCCUUAUUCUUUGACCCAUGAACAAACCAUUUCCAUUGUUGCUUCUCUAGCAAAUGAAGCUGGUUCCAUGGUUGCUCUAAGUUUCUUUUACUGGGUACUUGAGAUUUCGAAGUUUAGACUUUUCAUGAGACUUUACAUUGUAACUGCCACUUCUUUGAUUAAAAAUGGCAACUUUGACAAAGCCAAUGAAGUAAUGCAGUGUCUUGUGAGGAGUUUUGCUGAAGUUGGGAGGUUGAAGGAGGCUGUUGAGAUGAUUUUUGAGAUGCAAAAUCAUGGUUUGAAGCCGAAAGCUGAAACCUUGAAUUGUAUUUUGGGGGUUGGUGUCGAAAUGGGGUUGCUUGACUAUUUGGAGAAAGUGUUUGAUGAAAUGUCUGAGAGAGGUGUGUGUGGGGACUUUAGUAGUUAUAAAUUGAUGGUAGUUGGCUAUUGUAGAAUGGGGACGGUUUCAGAGGUUGAUAAAUGGUUGACUGAAAUGCUUGGAAGAGGGUUCCUUGUUGAUAAUGCUACUUGCACAUUGGUUAUUAAUUUGUUUUGUGAAAAGGGUUUUGCAAGUAGAGCAUCCUGGUAUUUUGAUAAGAUGGUGAAGAUGGGGUUUAAACCAAAUUUGAUUAACUACUCCUGUUUGAUAAAUGGGUUGUGUAAGAGGGGUAGUAUAAAGCAAGCCUUUGGAAAAUUGGAAGAAAUGGUUAGGGAAGGGUGGAAGCCUAAUGUGUAUAUACAUACUGCUUUGAUUGACGGGCUUUGCAGGAAAGGAUGGACUGAGAAAGCUUUUAGGUUGUUCCUUAAGCUUGUUAGGAGUGAUAAUUACAAGCCGAAUGUGCAUACAUAUACUUCUAUGAUCAGUGGAUAUUGCAAAGAGGAGAAGUUGAAUCGGGCGGAGAUGUUGUUGACCAGAAUGAAAGAGCAGGGAUUGGUUCCUAACACCAACACAUAUACCACUCUUAUUGAUGGCCAUUGCAAAGUGGGAAAUUUUGAACGAGCGUAUGAAUUUAUGGAUGUAAUGGAUAAACAAGGUUUUGCUCCAAAUAUAUGUACAUACAAUGCAAUUAUUGAUGGCCUCUGUAAGAAGGGAAGGGUUGAAGAAGCCCAUGAACUGUUUAGGGAUGGCCUUCUACAUGGAUUGCAAGCUGAUAGAGUUACAUAUACCAUUCUCAUUACUGAGCAUUGCAAGCAUGCUGAUACUGACCGAGCCAUGGCAUUUUUCUGUAAGAUGGUUAAAGUUGGCCUCCAGCCUGAUAUGUAUUCAUAUAACACAUUGAUUGCUUCAUUCUGUAAGCAAAAGAAAAUGAAAGAAAGUGAGAACCUUUUUGAGGAAGCUUUGAGGCUUGGAUUGGUUCCAACCAAGGAAACAUACACAUCCAUGAUAUGUGGGUACUGCAGAGUUGGAAAUGUAAGCUUGGGACUAAAGUUUUUCAGCCAGAUGAAUGACCACGGUUGUGUACCAGAUAGCAUCACAUAUGGAACUGUGAUCAGUGGACUUUGUAAAGAGUCUAGGUUGGAGGAGGCAUGCCAGUUAUACGAGACUAUGAUGGACAAGGGGCUCUCUCCAUGCGAAGUAACUCGGUUGACAAUAGCUUAUGAGUAUUGCAAGAAAGGUGAUUCUGCCAUUGCCAUGGUUAUGUUGGAAAGGUUAGAGAAAAAACUUUGGAUGCGGACAGUUAACACCUUGAUCAGAAAGCUUUGUAGUGAGAAGAAAGUAGGCAUAGCAGCUUUAUUCUUUCAUAGGUCAUUAGAUAAGGAUCACAAUGUUGAUCGUGUAACUUUGGCAGCAUUCAUGACUGCAUGUUAUGAGACUGACAAGUUUGCCAUUGUUUCUGACCUGAAUGAAAGGAUCUCUAAAGGAAUUGGUUAGCAACCUGGCUGCCAGAGCAGGUUGAAUGAAAGACAUGAAGUUCUCCUGGGAAGUGAAUCUAUUGCGAGGACUUUUAAAGGAAGUUGAAUCUUUUGAUCCCUUUCCUUCGGCACUGCAAGAUUCUUCAGCCUUCUAUUGGCAUUUCUACUGUCAGCUGGUGUUUUUGCGAGUAAUGAGGAGUGUACUGUUGUAUCUUUAAACUAACGUUUCAAUACCAAAAA